CGCACACCACCCCGACGCCCCCGCCCAUCGCCCCGCCCCAAUCCAAAACGCAGCACCUUCGACCUCGAACCCAACCCCUUCGAGCAGUCCUUUGCCCGCCCCUCCAACGACUCCUCCCUCCGCACCCAGCAGAAAAGCCCCGAGUCCACCACUCGUUCCUCCGCCUCCCAGCCCUCCUCCCGCAAUGAUGACUCCCGCACCUCAAAAUCUCAGGACCGCGACGACGGCAAGCCGACUCUUCCCCCGAUAGACGCGAUCGGCUCCCCCGCCGACCCAUCAGCCUACACAUGGGGCUUCUCCUCCUCGGGCCUCUCCAACUCCCUCAGGUCAGGUCCCCUCUCCCCCGCCAUGCUCGCUGGCCCUCAGUCCAACAACCCCAACGACACCCUUACCGCGUUCGAUCCCUCCACCUUCCGCACCGGCCUCACUCCCCGCACCGGCCUCACGCCUGGAACAGGUCUCACCCCCAUCAUCGGCUCCGUCUUCCCUCCUCCCUCCCCUGGCACCGCGGCCUGGCUCAACCUCAUGAACUCCAACGCCGCUCCUUCGCUCUCAAAUGUGGCCACCAUCACCCCCAAUACCCUCUCUGCCAUCACCGGCGCACUCCCCCCGGGCCCACCCCACCACAACAGCUCGCCCACGAACCCUUCGCCCCUGUCCAUGUCCCACACCGCCGCCUACGCCGGUCGCGAGAACGGCCAGCAGAAUGCGAACGCCAACUACGUCACCAGUGCCUCUGAGGCGGCGUCUAACUCGACCAACGGCCUCUUCCUCCUUUCACAGGCCCAUCAGGAGCUUACUAAGCGAGAGCAGGAAAAAGCCGCCGCUGCCAGUGCCCAGACAAACGGAAACGCCGUCGGCCCCGCCAACGGCAAGCGCGGCACAAAGCGCAAGAGCACGUACGAAGACGCGAUGCUCGAGGACAGUCCCGAGCUCGCCCCCCAGGCGCCCCCGAGUGCCAAGGGCGCUUCCUCCAAGCGGACGCGUUCGAACGCCAACUCGGGGCGUGGGAGGCGCAACCAGUCCGAGAGCCUCGGGGAGGAAGAGGAAGAGGAGGACGAUGAGCUUCCACCACCGUCACCAGUGUCAAAGAAGGGAGGCUCCAACCAGUCCAAGAAGCCUGAGACGGAAGAGGAGAAGCGGAGGAACUUCCUUGAGCGGAAUCGGCAAGCCGCGCUCAAGUGUCGCCAGCGCAAGAAGGCGUGGCUUUCGCAGCUGCAGGCCAAGGUCGAGUACCUCACGAACGAGAACGAGCGGCUGACGUCCGCGCUGGUCGCUUCGCGAGAGGAAAUUGCACGCCUAUCGGCCCUCGUCGGUGCUGCGUCGGUUGGUCAACCCGUGCCGCUGCCAGUUUCUGGAACAGGAAAUGGUAUGUCGCUCGGUGUUGGCGUCGGCGUCGGCGGCACCGUCAACGCUGUUGGCGGUGGUGCUGGUGGUCCUCCUAUCAGCGUUAACGUCAGCCUCCCACCACCAGGCAAGAGCGCAGUCGCCAUGGUCGGCGGUGGCGGACGAGGCUACGGAUACUAG